ACCUCACGCCCAGGCAGCCUUAUCGCCACACUCAAGGGACAGAGAGAGGGCUUCAGGAUCCAAUCUCCAGGGCAUCAUCCAGGAAGCCGGAAGCAUGGCACCGAGGACCUGGCUUCUGUGCUUGCUGCUGCUAGGCUUAGUCCUCCCAGGAGCUUCCAGCCGAGCCCACCAGCACUCCAUGGAGACCCGCACCCCUGACAUCAAUCCUGCCUGGUACACGGGUCGUGGGAUCAGGCCUGUGGGCCGCUUCGGGAGGAGGAGGGCAGCCCUGAGGGAUGUCACCGGACCUGGCCUGCGGUGCCGGCUAAGCUGCUUCCCACUGGAUGGAAGUGCCAAGUUCUCUCACAGCUCAUGAAGACAGUGAUGCUGAGCCCAAGCCCACCCUCCCUGUCCCCCCGCAGAGCCUCCUCCACCCUCCCUUUCCGGUUUUCCCUCUGAUCUAAUAAAAGUGCUGGCUUUGUUUAUUGUA